GUCGCGCGCCCACUUCCGCCUUCACUGCCGUCCAAUCAGGACCCGGGGCUCUGAGUUUGACGGAAUGCGCCCCUUUCCCCGCGCGCACAGCUAGGGUUCGGCUGUUGCCAUGGCAGCGGCGGCGGGAACUUGGGCCUUCUCCUUCCCCGCCUUGCAGAGGAUGAGGGAGAGGCUGCUUCAAAAGGCCUCAGCCACGGACGCCCUGCAGGAGGCCAUGGCAGAUAUUGAGAAUGAUGAGGCCACAGGGACCUUCGUAAUAGGACGAGGGGGCUACCCUAACAAAGAUGGUAUAAUCCAGUGUGAUGCAGCAAUAAUGGAAGGACAGCCUGGGCGUUUUGGAGCUGUAGCAGCUUUGCAUGGAAUUGGAACUCCUCUUGCAGUAGCACGAAAAGUCAUGGAUGAGUCUCCUCAUAACUUUCUAGUUGGAGAUGGAGCUGUGGCUUUUGCAAAAGAACAAGGCUUUGCUGUGGAAGAUAACAGAAAUAUGAUGAGCACACAGAGUACUGAAGCUUAUAAGGAAUAUUUAGAGAAGGGAAAAGCUGUGAAAAAACAUGAUACACUAGGUUUGAUUGCUUUGGAUGUCUAUGGAAACAUAACAGUUGGGGUUUCUACUUCUGGGGCACCUUUCAAAUAUCCGGGAAGAGUGGGAGAUUCUCCAUUGCCAGGUUGUGGUCUCUAUGCAGAUAAAGAGUCCGGGUUCUCAGCAACUACUGGUGAUGGAGACAUGAUCAUGUGCUUCAGUCCCACUUUUCAUGUAGUCCUAUUAAUGAAACAGGGUCUGUCUCCUAUGGAUGCAUGCCAGAAUGUUGUCCAGGAUAUCCUCCAGCGACUAGGAAAGAAAAAUAUGUUUGAACUUGGAAUAAUUGCAAUGAAUAUGAAGGGAGAAGUUGGAGCUGCUUCAUCAAUGUCAUUUCCAUAUUGCAUCUGGUCUCAGGGAAAGGAUUCUGUAGAACAAUUGCUAAAACAAUAAUAGCUUGACAGAAUCGAAGUAUCUUUGUGAUCAUCUUUGGAGCCAUUUCCAUGAUACUUGAUUUUUUUAUAUAAAGUUUGAAGGGAGGUAUAUUCACAAGUGUUCUUUAGGUUUGCAUCCAGUCACAUAGUCGUAUGAGUGCUUCAGCCUCAGCAGAGACAAGAUUAUUUUUUCCAAGACUAAACUAGACCAUAAGCAUGUAAAUAUGUAACUUUAUCUUUAUCUUACCCAUAUUUUUAAGUAGCAGCUGGGUGUUUGGCAGGAUUAUAACCACAGUUCAAUAGGAGAAGUGUUUUAAAUUUAUUUUGCCCAU